CGGGCGGAGCCCCGGCUCGGGGCGGUCCCCGCGGCCCAGUUCCGGCCGGUGGGGAUGGCGCGGCGGGCGGCUGCGCUGUGCCCGCGGUUCAGCCGGCUGCUGUGCCUGUGCUUCAGUCGGCUGCUGCCCCUGUGCCUGCCCUUGUGCCUGCCGCGGCCGGCGGCGGCGCGCCCGCCCGCCCCGCACCUUGUGCUGGUGCUGGCCGACGACCUGGGCUGGGGCGAUGUGGGCUGGCACGGCUCUGCCAUCCGCACGCCGCGGCUGGACGCGCUAGGGGCGGGCGGCGUGCGGCUGGAGCGCUACUACACCCAGCCGCUGUGCACGCCGUCCCGCAGCCAGCUCCUCUCGGGCCGCUACCAGAUCCACACAGGUUUACAACACCAGAUAAUUUGGCCAUGCCAGCCCAGCUGUCUGCCCCUGGAUGAGAAGCUCCUCCCAGAGCUACUUCAAGAGGCGGGAUAUGUUACUCAUAUGGUGGGGAAGUGGCAUUUGGGGAUGUACAGAAAAGAAUGCCUUCCAACCCGCAGAGGAUUUGACACUUACUUUGGCUAUCUCCUGGGUAGUGAGGAUUAUUAUACUCAUGACCACUGUGUCCUCAUCAAGGCAAAGAAUGUGACACGUUGUGCUCUGGACUUCCGAGAUGGAGAAGAAGUUGCAACUGGAUUUAGAAAUGUGUACUCCACAAAUUUAUUCACAGAAAGAGCUAUAGAUCUUAUAGCCAAUCACAAAACUGAGAAGCCCCUUUUUCUCUAUCUCGCCUUUCAGUCUGUGCAUGAACCUCUCGAGGUCCCUGAAGAAUAUGUGAAACCAUAUUCUUCCAUAAAAGAUGUGAAGAGGCGUCAUUAUGCAGGAAUGGUGACUCUUAUGGAUGAAGCGGUAGGAAAUCUUACUGAUGCGCUGAAAACAUAUGGUCUUUGGGACAACACAGUUUUUAUUUUCUCUACUGAUAAUGGAGGACAAACUUUAGCAGGGGGGAAUAACUGGCCACUGAGAGGGAGAAAAUGGACCCUCUGGGAAGGAGGAGUGAGAAGUGUAGGCUUUGUUGCAAGUCCUUUGCUGAAACAAAAAGGUGUAGAAAGUCAUGAACUCAUCCAUAUCUCUGACUGGCUGCCAACACUGGUGCACCUUGCUGGAGGACAUACCAAUGGCACUAAGCCUUUGGAUGGCUUUGAUGUUUGGAACACUAUCAGUGAAGGAAGACCUUCUCCCAGAGUGGAACUGCUGCAUAACAUAGACCCCAUGUUUGUGGAUGAUUUCCCAUGUCUUGGCAUUGAUAAGAGGACAUCUUUACCACAGAGCAAUUCUUCUCAAUGGGAUGAUACACUUUUCAAUAUAUCCAUACAUGCAGCAAUAAGACAUGGAAAAUGGAAGUUACUAACUGGAUAUCCAGGCUGCAGUCAUUGGUUCCCUCCACCGUCUUUGUACAAUGAGUCACAGAUUCAGUCGUCUGAUCCAUCAACAAAGAGACUUUGGCUGUUUGAUAUUGUUCAUGACCCUGAAGAGAAAAAUGAUGUGUCUGAAAAAUACCCUCAUGUAGUGGAAAAACUACUCUCACGGCUUCAGUAUUAUCACAAACGUUCAGUGCCUGUGUUCUAUCCUGAUGAGGAUCCCGCCUGUGAUCCAGCAGCAACUGGGGUUUGGGGUCCUUGGGCAUAGUGCACACAGCUUUGUACCCUGCAGAAAACCUCUGUAGCAGAGUCUGGUUUAUGGACUCAGAGUCCUAGUGACAUAUUUUGUACUUUCUUUAAUGAGCUGUUGCUAACUGUGAGCUUAUUCUUUGAAUAAUUCUGUAUUUCUUAUUCUUGAUCUGUUGGGAAUCUUAUUUCAGUCUUUUCCCACUCUCUCAUUCCCAACCAUUAUAUGUAAAAUGUUAGUAAUUUUUUUUUUAAUAAUCUUUUCUGGAAUAUACUCCUAGUGCAGAACAUAAACAUUGCCUCCUUCCUUGAAAGAAAUUGGAAGUAAUUGAAUUCCUUGUAAGGAAUUAUGGCGGCAGGGACAUCCAAAAUUAAUCAGUCUUGUGGAGUAUACUGAAUUCUGGUUUCAUGUUUGUCCAGAAGAUAAAUUCUACUGAAAGCUAUUAUAAAUCUGUAUUGGCAUAAUUUUUUUUGCCUUCAGUGUGUACUUCCAUCCAGAAAAGGGAAGAGUAAAAAAAGAAAACCUCAUAAACACAACAAAAUCUCCAUUGUUCACUCUUAAUGUAUCAAAACAAAAUAGAGAGUGAUGAUCAACUGGAGCGCAGGACUGUCAGGUAGAAGGAUCUUGACAGGCUGAAAAAAUGGGUGAACAAAGAUUUCAUGAAUUUCAACAAUUGCAGAGUCCUCCACCCCCAACUGCAGUUGGGGUGGAACAGCUGCAUUCAAGAGUACAUGCUUGGCCAUGACCAGAUGGAAAGCAUUUUCAUGGGAAAAACAUCUAGGCAUCCUUCUGGACAAUAAUUAGGACAAGAGUUGCCAUUUUCACUCUGGGUGAAGAAAACCAACCUGUUGUUCCAUAUAAGUGAGAAUGUAGCCAGGAGCUAGGGGACAUCUUAAUUCUCUUCUAUCAGUGCUAGAGCAUAGCAUCACAUUUUGAGCUUCCCUAUACAGGAAAAGUAUUGACCAGUUGGCGUUAGUUCAGUGGAGAGCUAUGAAUAUGAUCAUGCGAUCAUGGGGAGGGAUAAAGAAAUGGGUUAGUUUAUGGUGGUAAGAAAAAGGGAAGUUGCUAUCUUUAGCUACCUAAUGUGAGAGCAUAGAGAAGAGGAAGCAGGACUCUUCUCAGAGGUGCACAGAUAUGAAAAGCACACAGGGAACAUGUGGAGUUGCAGUGCAAUAUAAGGAAAGGAAAAAAAGUCACACCCUGAGUUUAAUUAAAUAUGGGAAAUGUGGCAACCCUAAUCCUGGUGAUCUUCAGUCUUUGGUUGGAGAAGAUUCUGAACAAUUCUAUCCCUGAAGCUGUAUCAAAUUUGAAGUUGAUCUAGUUUGGUAGAGGUGGUGAGAAGCAACCAGUGACCUCCUAAGGCCCCUUUCUGAAAUAAUUGCUCAACAAUUCUAUGAUGAACAAAAACUUACUUUUAUUAUCUGCCUGGUAAGUACCCUGUCUUUAUUACCACAGUGGAGUCUGUUUCCAUCCUGAAGUGGGCUCUGAGCCAUGAAAAAACCAAGCCAAGCAACAUUUCUCAGUUAGUCAUCAAAUUGAUGCAAGAUAACCUGCCAGCUCUCUAUUAAUUUCUCAGACCCUGAGUUCUGGUACUGUUUUCAGUGUCCUUGGCUAAGUUCUCAGGAUGCAGAGCUCAAUCUGUCAUCAUCUCCAGAAAGCAGGAAUCUAAUUGCCUUUUUCCUGGCUCUAGGACCAACUCAUAUAAAUUGCACUAAAAUCUUGCAAAACUUCCCAGUUUUCUCUUGGGAGACUUAUGCUAAUUGUUAGCAAACAGGCUAAUGAAGAGAAAGGCUUGACAAAAUCUGUGCAUUUAAAAAAAAAGAAAAAAGAUAAAGUUUGAAAAAAAGAUGAAACAAGAAAACUGAAAAUGCAUAUGCUUUCUAAUACAGCUGAUUCACCACUACACUGUCUUAAAUCUCAUCUUGAACGCUUGUCUUUUCUACCUUUGAUGUUUUUUCUGUGAGUGGAAGCGAAGCUAAAACUCUCCAGAAAUCUGUUCAGCUUUUUAUCUUUCUCCCGAAGAGCUUUAUGUUUCUCUCACUCCUUUGUCACUUCUGCUCCUUUAUAUCAGUAUUUUUUCCUAUUCUUUUUGUUCACGAUCUUCAGCCUUGAAGACAAGGAAAAAAGAAAUGUAGAUUCAGAAAAAGUAAUUCUCAUAUAAUAUACAGUAUAUUUUCUCUGUGGUUUAACUGGAUAUAUUCCUAUAGAAUCCUGUUUCAGACCAAGGUUCAGUUUCCUUCUCCAUUCAUCCAUCAGUGGCUGAAAGCAAAUGAUGCAAGCAAGAUAUAACUGGGAAAGCUCUUCAGAUUGUUCCUCACCUUCUAAACAAUCACCCAGUGCCUCAAAGAUUAGUUUCUCUUCCAUUAGGUUGCACCAGCCUUUCCACUGGAGCCCUUGGGCAUAGUGUCCAGCCUUACAAAUACUUUCUAAGCGGUUGGUUUUCACACAGACAUGCAUUUCCACAGCUUAUCUAGACACUAGGAGAAUCAUCUGAUUCCUACCUGCCUCCAGGUAAUUUAUAUUUUCAUUGGUAAAACUUACUUACUGUGACAGAAGCUCCUAUUAUACUAUGGUUAGCAACUUUCAUAUCAACUAAUAUAUUUAAAAUAAUAAAUUAAAUUUUAAAUUAAAUUAAAAACAUUAUAUGUUCUGUAGAAGCAGUCUCCAAACUGGUACCUGGUCAUAUCUCCUUCCUUUUCAUGAAACAUAUUUAGGCUUUUCUUUCUGUCAUGUGGCUCUUCAUGCGGUUCCUGCUCAGGUUUUAGCCAACACACAGCUCAUAAAAAGACCUGAUGUUGUUGGGACCAGCACUGUGAGAUACAAUAGAGAGCAACAUGUAGGAAGCCUACAGGAGGGGCUCAGGUCAUUACAAAGGCAUUACUUGACUGCUACAGACAUAAUCCUUCCUGUUGAUUGUCAGUUCCUUCAGAAUCCACUAACUUACAGGAAUCAUGUAAACUCCAAAGCUGGAAGUCGUAAACCUGUCAGCUUGCCCAAAAACACCUUUGAAGCAUAUCCGGCAUCAGCCAAUCUGCUGAGGUUUUCAUGCUUCCUGAUGGGAUACAUGGGAGGCCUGCACUGUGUCAGAGGAGAAAGGAUGAGCACUCUCAUCAGCAGCUCUGGGAGUAUUUUGCUUAUAUCUUGUAAGUUAUGACUUUGACAACUGUGAGUUAAAAACCUCAUGAAUUAAGGAAUUAAUGAAUUCCCAUGUUAGUCUCGUUUGUCUGAAGAACAAUGUUUGAUGUGUGUGUUUCUUUCCUUUCCUGAUGAGCUCAUAAAGUAAUUUACAGACCAUGUUGUCCUGUAAAUUAGAGAGAUCCAAUCGGACCGUGUCAAUCUUGGCUUCAGAGUAUGGCAGCAUUUCACUUUUGAGCUUUUGAAAAUUCUUUAUGAUAACUGAGGCUUAGGCUCUGUUAUUUGCUGACCACAGCAAGGGAGGGAAAAUGUAAGCACCAAAACCUUUUUAUAAGCUAUUGCAUCACGUUGACAAGCUUGUAUCUUCCUCCAGUAGCUCCAAAAAAACCUUUAUUGCAUUUCCCUUUUCUAACUGUUGCAGUUAGUUUAUUUUUUACUGAUACAAUGAUUUAUGUUAGUUUAUAUCUUACCUGUUUAGUGCAACUCUUAAGUUCCAUGUUUUAAUUGUAGCACACAGUUAGUAACGUGGUUUCAAGUAUGGGAUUCUGAAAGAGUAAAAUGUUAAGUUACCUUUUGUGACCUUUAGAUUUACUAUUUUUGUAUGUGUCAUAAUGAUACAUGUUGUCUUUCAAAUGUCUUUUUGAGAUAAAUCAUCCAAAGAGCAAAAGAUCCAUUAGUUUUUAUUCAUCCAGAAUGUUUUGGUACAGUUUUUUUGUGCAACCAAAUGCAAAUAGAGAUGUUGACAGCCAUUCCCCAGUAAGUAAGGCAAGUAGAUCCAAAGUAUUUAAGUUAUCCUCACUCUUUUUUUCGUAGUGCAUAUUUAUUUAGUGUCCUAUGUACAAAUGCAGACAUGUAAGAUUAGAAAGCUAACUGUUCUCAGUCAAUAUCACAUAUAACAUUUUCGUUUACAGUAGGUGUUACAAGAUGUGGUUGUUGCAAUAACAAGGGACUGGACUUGGGGGUGGGGGAAAUUUCUGGCUGACAUUCCUGUGUGUCCUUCAGCAUUCAGCACUUGUAUUACAUGAAGAAAGAUGUUGUCUUACCCACAGAAGAGGAAACUUCUGUUAAUGAUAUUUUUAACUGAUAGAUAGGUUUUUUAUGCUGAUAGCUAGUUUUGUGGAAAAGAAAAAAAAAUCACCCAAGUUGUAAAAGCUCAAUAAUUAAUGUCCUUGACUCCCAUCAAUGUCAGCUUCUGGCUGAAGUUAGAAAAGAUUUAAAAAUUUCUAAUUUUAAUUUCAGAGGUAAGAAGAGCUUUUAUGUGUUCUCUUUUCUCUAUAUCCUGCAAUCUGCAUUUUAAUGUCUUGCUGAUAUUCUAAUUUAUAUAUUUCAUUUACUAGGAAGUGACUGUGACAUAUCAUUGUCUCACAUAGGUAUUCAAUUCACCCUCUGUUUCCUCUUGUUAUGUUUUAAAAUGCAAAGAUUCAUUGUUUUCUCAGCUACAGUAGACCUAAUUUUUAUUUUUUUUUAGUUGUCUAAUUAUUUUUCAUGGGUGGUCCUUCAAAACAUUUGAAUUGAACUGUGUUAGGGAAAAAAAACAUCUGGCUGACACAUUUAGAUGGGCAUCUGCAAAGAGUUGUAUACUGUUAAAUUGUUUCGAAUUGGAAAAUAGAGAAUUCUUCAUAUGUUUUGUGGUUACUUGAGUAACAUUCAAAAAUGCAGUAUUUUGAAUGCUAAAUAAAACUUCAUUUCAUCCCUUUCCAA